CCCGGAACAGGAGACCGAUGAGGGCGCGGCGCCGUGCGCGAGACGUUCCGGGGCCGCUGGCGUUUGCGGCGCAGAGCGGCGGGGAAGGUUUUAGGCGGCGGACCGCCGGUGCCAGCUCCUGAUGGCAGCAGGGUUCCCCAGACAUCGCCCAGCAGUGACACCUCCACUGUCCUCCCUCAGGAAACAAGAGCUUGAGCUGCAUCUCUGAGUUUAGACCUCCAACCUCAGCAUCCUGAUCUGGUGCCGCCUUUGGGAGGAUGAAUCAGGACAGUUACUCAAGUGAUCAGCCCACGGGCCAGGACCCACUCGUACUGCUGAAAACCCUUCAGCUUAUCUGGACAAAGCAGGAGCUGGGGAAGCUCAAGGAAGAAAUCAGGCGGGGCUUUGCCAGACUGGAGGACCCUUUGGCAGGACUCCUCGCCAUGCUGGAGAGCAGCAGUGAUUGGAAGAGGAAAGGACAUUCCUUGGAGUAUUGCAUCACCACGGAGAUGCAGCUUUGGAUAAAAGCACAUCCUGCUGUCCCACAGUCUGGCACCAAGCUGAAGAAGCUGCAGGCCCGUGUGCUCAGAAUGCUCUCCCAGUGCCCAGCUAAUCUGCUUGACCCCCUGAUUAGCAUUUACCAGCUCCACACAGCAGACCGGAACUAUUUGCUUGAACAUGUCAGUCAUCUUUAUCUCCAGGGCAAUUACAAAGAGAGCAAGGAAACCUAUGGAAGAGAAGAGCUUUUCCUCCAAGCCCUACCACACUGGUUUUAUCCUGAUCUGAAUAAACAGGCAGCCAUACUGAGUAUUAAGCUGAAAUUACAGCCAGAUCAAGAUGUAGAGAAGAUGUGUACCCCACUACUGCUCCAGGAUAAAACUAACUUGGUGGAAGAAUACGUGGCAGAAUAUCCUGAGCUCCAGAGGAAGCUCUUGCAGACCCUGGACACAUGGUGUGAGCCCAGCUUCAAUAUCAGAGACAUCCUAAGACCAUAUCGAGGCCUGUCCAAGUACAAACCCGAAAAAUUUAACCACAGAGUGCUCAGUAAGCUGGUCUUCAGGCUCCUGGAGAGAUUUAACGUUGACUCAGCUCUCUGCCCUAAUGUCAUUAAUCAGCGGCACUUGAGAACCCUGAAUUACCUCUUUUACAAGAGAUUUGUUGAGAAAACAAUGACUGAGGAGAAUUGGGCAGACCACAUUCAGAGCACAGUCGGGGAGAACCAGUGGCUCCAAGGACACCUGGUGCAGUCGCUGCUUCGUCACUGCGAUGCGCGCGGGGCAGCACGCUGGGCGCAGCACUGCCGGGUGCCCCCUGAGAUGCUGCCUCAGGCUGUGGCUGAGGAGCUUCAGAAGCUGCACAUCCAGGACAGGGUAGAAGAGGUCACAAAAGUAGACAAUUAUGAGGCCAGUAAGAAGAAGGACUAUUACCGUCUUCCUAUUCCACGGGAAAAUAUUCACUUUCUGCAGACAUGGGAGGAGAUGCUGCAGUGCUGGGAGAAGGUGCUGCAGCCUGGGCAGGUCGUUGGUGUGGACAUGGAGUGGAAGCCUUCCUUUGGCAUGGUGGGGAAGCCCCGUGUCGCCCUCCUGCAACUUGCACUGAAGGAUGAGGUGUUCCUGUUGGACCUGCCACGGCUCUUCGAGCAAGCUGAGGCUGAGGGGGAAAAGGAGAAGCUUCCCCAUUUCAUCCAGAUGCUCUAUUCAGAUGCAGCCAUCACUAAACUAGGUUAUGGGAUGUCUGGAGACCUCAGCAGCCUUGCAGCCACAUGCUCUGCUUUGAAAGACACAGAGAAGCAAAUGCAAGGUGUGGUGGAUCUUCUUGCAGUGGACAAACAACUGCAGUGGGGGAAGGACAGCCGGAAGGUCGAUGGACUGUCCCCGCAGCACAGUCACGAGGAGAGAGGGCUCAGGCAGCCGGAGAAGGGCCUCAGCCUCCUGGUGCAGCAUGUGUUGGGGAAGCCUCUGGAUAAAACAGAGCAGCUGUCAAACUGGGAGAAGCGGCCACUCCGGGAGGAGCAGAUCCUCUAUGCAGCCUCAGAUGCUUACUGCUUGCUGGAGAUCUAUGAGAGGCUCUGCAAGGACCCUGAGAGCUUCGGUCUGGGUUCAGACUUGACGGAGAGUCUGGUGGGAAAACAGAGCAAAAAACCCAGGGCAAAGAAGCAGCUGAAUAAACAAGAAGUACCAUCACCUUCUGGACAGGAAUUCCAAGGACUCAGAAUGGAGCCCUCAUGUCCCCCUGCCCCUAUCUCCCCCCAGGAGUUCAGUGUGGUCUGUGACAACAUGCUGCAGGGCCUGGGGCGCUACCUGCGCUGCCUGGGCGUGGAUGUCCGGCUGCUGGACAAUGAGGAUGACCACAGGAAAGCUGCUGAGAUUGCCCGACAGGAAGGAAGAGUAAUUUUGACCUCUGGACUCCCAUAUCAGACUCUGCGCUCCCAGGUGGGAGAAGGAAGAUGUUUCUCUGUGAACUGCUCCGAGAAGGCGAAGGAACAGGCGCUGCAGGUGCUGAAACACUUCAAUGUGCAGGUGUCCCUGGGUGACAUCUUCAGCCGCUGCCAGCACCUGGCAAAGCCGUGAGGAGUUCUGAGUGCAGUCACAUUCGUCACAGUGCUGAGGGCUCAGUCAGAGGAUCAGAGGCUCUGCAUCUACAGCUUUGCUAGAAACUCGCCUGUUUUUCUGAUUUUUGGUGCUUGGUCUGUGUUUUGGCAUCAACUGCCAUGGUUGGACUCUCUUUGUUGCUGUGUUCUCUGUCUAGGACACAUGCUGUUUUAAUUAUAAACCAUGUUUAAUUAUGGCUCUGUGAUUCUGUUAACACUUAAUUACUUUAAUAGGAAGAUUUUUUCAUAAGAUUUCUUUUUUUUCAGAAGUUAUUAGGUUAAUUCAUGUCCAUGCUAGUUGAUGGCUCUAGAUUGUGUUUGGCACAGGAUAUCUGUGGAUUGCUGUUAAGAAUAAAUUUUAAUUGUGUUAGCUCAAAUCACCAUCUCUUCCAAUUUCACUAUUGUAUUUGUUACAGCAACACGCCGAAACCUAUCCCUUCCCAAACUGCAUUAUAAACCAACAGGUAACUUCAACAUCUCUCACCUUGUUUAAAGAGAGAAAAAGAAGCAAUUUGGUUAGAAAAUUAGCUUUUUCUUAGGGAUAAACAAACCAAUGAGUCUGGCUCGGUGCCUCAUGGUGGAGAUCUGGGGUCUCCUGGCCCAGUGGAAUUGCACAAGUAGUGUAGGAGCAGACACACCAGAGAGUAUGUCCUGAACCUCUGUUUAGAUCUGCUGUCAGAUAUUGAAACUGGAUCUGUAACUUAGAAAGCAAAUGAGAGUUGUCCAGCUGAGCAGGUUGGCUGUGAGAGGAGACUGAUGAAACUCCCUGCAGGUCAGAUCCACAGAACAGGGGUUCAUCUUACUGCAGGAUAAAUGGAUAUAUUCAGCUAUAGGAUACUGCCAGUCCUGUGGUUUUAUUGUCCCAGAACAGACUGCAGUUGUUAUACAUACAUAUAUUUAUAGUGGCACGCUGGCUUCUUGGCUGUUUUAAACAAACCUUUAAAAAACCUCAUGGAUUCUCCAGUUCUCUGACAUCCCAUAAAAUAGCAGUGUUCCUCCUGAUGGUUGUUGAAAUACCACAAAAAUAAGCACACACACACACAAAACCAUGCUGGAGGAAACUCUGUGCUCUCUAAUAAAUGUACAAGACUGUGCAGCAGACAAUGGAAAACUGACCCCUCACCCAGGAUCUGGGGUCUGGAACUGGUUAACUCUAUGGGUUUAGUACAUGCUGUCUUAGUUUACAAUAUAAAUAGGGGUAAUCAAUCUGGCUAGGAAUAUAUACUAAGUGUUCUCUUACUUCCAGGAGAAAUGCCUUCCCUGUAAAUUGUGGUGGUGGAACAGCUGCUUGUUUUAUACCCCUCAGCAUGGGAAGAUACUGAUUUGUCCAACCUCUCCCUGUUCUAAAUCAUAUUUACCUUCACUUAAGGCCUUGGCUUUUUGGAGCUCAGCUGUCUCUACAGACAGCACAGGUUUGGCUCAUGUGCUGCUGAUCCUCUGGAGGAGAAUCCCAGCUCUCCCAGCUGCACUUCCCGGGGUUGUGUGCAAGGGGAGCUGUGGGCUGCACAGGAUCAUCCUCCAGCACUCCGGAAAACUGACAGCCCACAUCAACAGAGGCAAUUUCUGCCUUCAGGAGGGUGCUCUGGGCCUACAUGGCCUACAGGGACCUCAGCAGUUCUUUUAUACGUCCUUCCUAAAACAUCCUCAUUCUUUGUAAACCUAAUUGGGCUUAAUUAGGAUGGAGGUCGGAUCCUGAAACUGCUGGGCUGUGCUCUCCAGCAUGUCUGUGCUGCUCGGGAGCUGGGUCACAGACCUUGUGGCUCCCAGACUGCUCUGAGCUCUGCUCCUCCUUGCAGAGCGCUUUGGUGAGGGGUGACAGAGUGGUGACAGAGAGUUUUGGCUGUCCCUACAGUGGGGGGAGCAUGGUGGGCACACAAGCAGGGCUCCAGAAAGAGCCGAGUGCUGCUGUGUCUGUGCUAGGCAAGAGGAGGAGGAUGGGCAGUACUGACCCAUGAGCUGGGCUCCUCUCCUCCCUCUCCUGCACGGAGCUGGGCCUGGCCUACCAGCAUGGGAUGGGUUAUCUGUGUCAUCAGCCCUGGCUGCGUGUCACAGGAAGCAAUGUGGCAUCCUGCCUGCUCCCUCUGUCUCAUGGAGCAGGGGCUUGUUUUGUCUCCUGGGUUCUGUUCUGUACAUGACUGGAGUGAAUAUGGCAGCAAAGGUUGUCAUAACAAUUAAUGUGUGUAGUGCAGAGCACAUGGUAAAAAUAGGUCCCAAUUCAAUGUUGUGCCCAAGACUGCUGGAAAAUACGUUUUCUCUGUCAGCUCCCUCAGCAGGGAUGGACGGGCUCUCUUUUGCAGAUGUAAAGAAUGGGCUUGCUUUGUAACCCUGCCAAAAUACAUCUUCUGUUAAAACAAUGGCCAAUACUGGCUACCUCUGUCUGACCUAGAACAGCAAGUGCACAGGGAGUGUCAUCCAGGGGCUGCUCAGCAUUUCUGCUCCCACUUGUGCUGGGCUCCAGCUUGGUUGCUCCAGUUAAAGGCUUCAGGAGUGGGGACUGCUGCCAAAGGUGUCAGUGGUGGUGCAGGAAUGACCUUUUCCUUCCAUGUGUUCCUCAAGUGCUGCAUUGUAAGGACUUGGUGAUGAUCCUGAUGAAGCCACCCCUGCAGAGUAGCUGUGGCUGGGCCUGGUGGUGCCUUUGGUGAGGAACAUUUUAGUGGGGCUGAGUGAAAAUAAGAUUAAUUCUAUCUUUUGGUGACAUGCAAAAAACCCCUAUAGAAGUUCUACAUUUCAUAGCCUUAAAAUGUUACAAACCCAUUCCUUGUAUUUGAAAUGCAAAUGUCAUGUGCCUGUCACCUCUGCACACAUUUGAGUAUCUUGUAUUUUUCUUCUUUUCAGACAGCUGAAAUACUUCCUUCAGGAAGGGACAGUGUGAAAUAAUGUUUGGGGUGUUCAGACAUGAUCAAUUCAACAUGCUGAACCCUUACAGUAAUCAGGAAGAUCUCUGUGGAGUUGUUGGAGGCUGUUGUGGGCAGCCUUAAGUGUCAGCUCACAGCCUGACUCAUCCAGGAGAUCAGUGAUGCUCUGCUCUCCACAUCUUGGAGGAGAUUCUAACAGAACUAGCAGUUCAAGAAGGAAAAAACACUCAAACCUGCUGAAGAAGGCAUGGGCUCCAGUCCAAGGGCACAGACAGCUGACAGCAGGGUCAUUUCAUAGUGGGCUGAAAUUCAGCUCCUCUCCCAGGUCCAGCAGUGGUUGUCUCCCACCCUUCCUGGUGGUGUCCCUGUUUGAGACAUCCUGCUGUGACACUUGGGUAUGGCCUGGUGGGAUAGCAGGAGAACAUGAGCUCCAUGUCUCCAUGUCAUUCCAGCCUCUUAAAGGAGAAUGAAUUGUCUCUUGAGAACAGCCAUGUUUUGGCAGGAUCCAUUACCUGGAUGACUGUUGUGACUUUUGCCAUCUUGCUUUUCCAUGCCAUGUGAUUGAAAGUCCACCCAAAGCAGGUGUGGGCCACGCCUCUGAACUUGCCACGGUGCCAGGGCCUUGUCACUGACUGCUUGGUGAGCCCAAGAGUCAGGAUGUUUCACUUCCCAUGGCUGAGGUGUCUGGCCCAACCAACUUGUGUCAGUGAAAGAACACUCAUGUGGAAGCAGAUCAGUGGAGGCACGGCUGGCAGGCUUGGGGUGAGCAGUGCUGCUGACAGGGAGGAAUCCCAGCUUGGAUGGUGAUAAACUGAGGAGAUAAACACUGCAAGUUGUUAGCUUUACAUAUUUAUAUCACAAGGGUUUGUCGCUAUAGCUUGAAGGGACAACUGUGUUCAGUGCUGUUUGGGCUCACUAAGAAAUUCCUCCUGGAAUCUGGAAGAACCUUGUGGUUAAAGGUUUCUAACUACUGUAAAACCCUCACUGGUGUGAGGCUCUGCAGCUGGGUUUGGAGCCAGGAGGACCUGUCCAUCUGCAGAAAAGCUGUGCUGGGCUUUACUGAAAAGUGUAGCUGCUGUUCAGCUCAGUUCGGGGUCUGAGGCUUCACUCGGGUACGGGGUGGGGGGGGAGCAGGCUGGGGGACCUGGGUCCCAUGGAGCCUCUGUGCCACCUCCCCCGGGCCUCUCCUUCCUUUCCCACCCUCUGUUUGACUUGACUCUUUGGCCUUUAAGCUCACUGGGGCAGGGACCCCGCUUGAACGAUACCUUAUGCAACAGGAGGCUGAUCCCAGGUGAGGUUUCAAGGCCUUCCUGCAAGGAAAAAUGAUUGCAAUUAGAUCCCCUGCAAAAAUAAAUGUUCGGGGGAAAAAAAAAAUCCCAGGCUCCAGCUGCAGUUUGUGCAUCUGAACAGCCCCACAUUGACAAGGGGAUUAUCUGCACAUUCAAAUAGGUUGUCUCUUGCAUGUCACUGAAUGCUCUGAUCCUAAAUAAGCAAAUUACAUCAGCCAUUCUGAUGUCCUGUUUAACUUAUGACCUCAGCCUGAGCACUGCAGGAUAUGAGAGAUAGCUGCUGAAUUUCAUUGUCUGGAGAUCUGAUAUAUUUUUGUAUUUUUUUGCCCCCACUCCCCCCCUUUCAGUUUCCAAACUACUCCCCCCAGCUUUUACAAAGGUGUUAGCAUGGGAUUAGGAGUAGGCGGGGAGGAGCGGGGAGGAAGAGAGGAAACCACCUUUUUUUUUUUUAAAUUAGGUGCAAAAGCAUUCUAACAGUUGUAGCAAAUGUUUCUGGUGUUUUGUGGUUAAGGUAACGAAUUUCAUUGCUGCAAAGCUCAUCAUGUGCAAGCUGACUUAAGCAGAGGGAGCCCAGGAUGGAGCAAUCCAUUUAGCAGGGACAAAAUAAAAAGCCUUAUGAUGAGACGGAAACCCCGUACUUGGGGCACUUUGCGAGAGCCUUUGAAGCCAGCCUGGGAACUCUGGCAAUAUUAGUUGAUAAUUAGUAAUAUAGAUCCCUCAAACUGUCAUUUAGAUUGAAAAUGUGCAUGUCUCUCAUGAGUCUCUGUCACACCAAUCUGAUCAGGCUUUUUUCUUCCUUUUAUGUGGGUUGCUCUGUCGGUCCAGAUGAUGAUGAGAACUGCCAGGCAUCUUCUUUCUCACUCAGUUGUGAGCUGCGCAGCCAUCUCCUGCUCCAGCGUGGCAUGGAAGUGGAACCAGGGCAAUUUUGCUUUGUGGUCACCUUUCCUGGCCUGAGCAACAGUCAUUUCAUUCAUUUUAAAAUACCAGCCGUCCUUCCCCAUGUGCAGAGAAAAACCAGUAAGAUUUAAAGGCUAUGUAUUUCAUGAGAUGCUUCUGCCCCAGCAGACAGCAAGGGGUUGGCCUUUGGAGUCUCUCAGGACAAAAAGCAUCUUCAGCUCCAGUGGGGCUGAGACAUCAUCAAAGAAUUCAAAAAUGUCAGUUCUCAUAGCCCCUGGUUCUGCUUUUGAGCUGCCUUCCACCGAUGCAACAUCAUGUCUCCAUUUACUUCCUUUCAGCCCUGAAAUCUCUUUGGAAAGUGCUGUGUCAUCCUCUAAAUGAAGAAUUCAGAAGGGUCACGUGUGCUGGAUUUCAAUGACUUGGGAAUGCUGAGAAAGAGAAUAUUGUUUGGAAACCCUCUGUGGUUUAAUAAAAGGUUCAUCCAUAGGAUGCAAUUUGUCAGCGCCUACAGGUCAGGAAAACCUGUGAUUAAGAGCAUCUGUGGUUUCCCCAGAUGUGUGAGGGAGCUGCUUACUCCUCCCCAGUCACCCAAACCUAGGCUCAGCCUGGUGCCUGCCCAGGACGUGGGCUGUGAUUUCUUGCUUCAGAGUGUGAUUGUUCAACACAAAGGGUGAGGCUCUCUUAAUCUUUUUGUUUAUCCUGGGCUUGGCAAUUCUGAUGUAAUCUGCAGCCUGUGCUGCAGAGGCUCCAGCCAGGAAGCACAGCUGGUAUUAUUCUGCCUCGAGAGACACUGUUGAGGGAGCCAAUUGCCCUCCAGAGGUACUUGUCCGGGGCUGGCUGAGUGGCGAGUGCUCCUUGCCCUGGCACUGCGCCUCACUGAGAGGAACCAGCUCUUUGUGUGGAGUGGCUCUACAAGGCAGUGGCAGUCAUUAAAUACCAUCACACUCUGGGAUAAUUUGUCAUGGCAAAUUCUGCUUCUUUUCAGUCUCUGGUUGAGAUUUUUAUUUGCUAACCUCUAAUGGUUUAUAAAUGAUAGUGAGAGCUCAUAGUGAGUGGUCACUGUUAUUCGCAGGGGGUGGGGACACCCCAAAGCACCACAAAGAUCAGGGAAUGCUUUGGGUCAGAAGGGACCUCAAAGCUCAUUCAGUUCCAAUCCCCUGCCAUGGGCAGGGACACCUUCCACUCACUCAGAGUGCUCCAAGCCUCGUCCAACCUGGCCUUGGACACUUCCAGGGAUCCAGGGGCAGCCCAUUCUGUGCCAGAGCAACCUGUGCCAGGGCCUUCCCACACACACAAGGAAGAAUUUUUUCCCAAUAUCUCAUCUCUCCCUGCCCUCUGGCAGUGGGAAGCCAUUCCCUGUGUCCUGUUACUCCAGGUCCUUGUCCCAGGUCCCUCUCCAGCUCUUCUGGAACCCCUUUAGGUACUGGAGAUUCCAGUAGACACUGAGCAAGCCCCAGCUUGUGGUUGCCAGGCAGGAGGGCAGCAUUCUGUCCGUGAUGGCUUUGCAGCAUGAUACGUGAGCGCACACAGCACCAAUUCUGUAAAAUUCCCAGCCUGGAUUUGGCUUAGCCCUGUGCUGUUGGCCACAUAAAACUCAGAGUCCCCCAAAAAAGGGCUCAACUGGGCCUAAUUCUCAGCAGCAAGCCCAGCCGUCGCUGCCUAGUUCCCACAGGCUGUACACUUCCCUGCCAAGAUUUCAGUAUCUUCAGAAAUUCAGUGGAGCAUGAAGGUCACAGCAAGGGGAGAAUGACAGCCUGAGAGGUUUUUUUCCCCUUUCAGCAGCUCGGAGCAGACUGUUGUCUCUCUCUCAUGUUGACUGUUUUCAUAGGGUUAGCGUGAAGUUUAUGUUUUACACAGCCCAGUGGCAGUCGGAGCAGGGAUCAGCUGUGUUUCUUCAAGGAAGACAGUCUCACGUUGCAGACUUUCUUUCUCAGUGUCUGCAAAAGCUCGGUUUCCAGUGAAAUUUCCCUUACAAAUCUUUGUCUUGAAGCUCUCUUUGUGGAUGUAUGUGAGAGACUGUACCCAAGGUUUCGGUUUGGGUAUUUAUUUUGGUUCUUUUAUUUUCACUUGCAAAGCUGCAGGCGGAAAUUAAACUUCAGCAAGGAGGGGGGGAAGCUGUUAAUUUUUCACAGUGUUAUGUAUUCCAGUGCUCAAAAUGAUGAUGCCAAAUUGGCCAUUAGAGGUCAAACCUCAGCUGACAGCAAAUGUUUUCUUUUGAGGAAGCCAUCCUUAUUCCUGGGAACCAGUUUUGUUGUCCCGUGCUAAAUGCAAGAAAGGUAUGAAUGUGUGGUUUUUCCUGGAGGGCAACACUAGCUGGAAAAAUGCUGGUUUUAGCCAGUGGAAACAGCAGAAGCAAACAACGAUUGGCAGUGAAAACAGCACUUGUAUUUAGACUACCAUAGGAAAGAAGACACAAUGUAGUACAGAGUAAAUGUCCUUUUAUACAGCCUGUACAAGGCUUUUUCUUCCUCUCAUGGGUUUGGACAGACUAUGAAGUGUGUUGGUCAGCAGAGAAGCUGGUGCACUGGGAGAAAGUAAUGAAGGGUCCGCGGGUGACAGUGAUGGAGUGACUGUAAGGAAAAUGAGGAACUCUCUGGAGAAGGCAGUGACACAGCUCUAACUCCCAUGUGUCCUGAGGAAACUGUCCCCAUGGUUUCUCACAAAUGUCAUGAGAAAACAAGAGAUUUUUAGCCAGUUUAAGUUCUGAUGGUUUCCAGUCCCCUGCGCCUCCUGAGGUCAUAGUUCAGUGUAUUGACUGUGUCAAGAAGCCAAAAUUCCUAUGUUUUAUGCACUGUGUAGUUUCUCCUCCUUUUCAACAUUGGUGUCCUUAUAAUAUUCUUUGUUUGUAUGUCAUGGUGAGGGUGGCUCACAGCUCUCGGUGUUUGAAUGGGAGUGGGGACUCCCCAGAGCACCACAAAGAUCAUGGAAUGCUUUGGGUGCAAGGACCUUAAAGCCCAUCCAGUCCUACCCCCUGCCAUGGACAGGGACGCCUCCCACUCUCCCAG